AUGGCGCCCAAAAAGACCAAAACGGGCGGCAAGAAGAAGGGCACAAAGUCCAAGGGCACCAAGAAGGCGGUCGAGCCCAAACUCUCCUCGAUGGAACGUUUCAUUCAGUUCAGCAUCCAAACCCGAGUUGACCAUUGCACAGCCUUGCGACAGCGCCGCGAUGAGUUGCGCGCCGAAGAUAAACAACUCAACGCCCAGCUCGAGACUCUUCGCAAUGAUCAGCUCAAGAAAUACUCGGAGCUGCGGCAGUCAUCCAUGGGCCAGGCCGACCAAAUGAGUGACUUUGAGCUUCAGCUUGAUCAAAAGCUUCAGGCUGUCAUGCAUGAGAAAAAUCAAUUGGUGCGCGAAUUGGACAAUGAGGUCAAGGCCCUGCGUAUCAAGCUGGACGAGAUUGAUCAGGACGUUGUUCAUCGUAACCACGAGCUCCAAGGCCUGAAGGAGUACGCGGCCGUGGGUCAGAGCGAGCUGGAGAAAAACAUUGAGGUGAUGCGUGCCACCAUUGCUGACAUGACUCAGGAACAUAGCGAGCUCAUGCAAGAAUUUCACGACGACUUUCAAGCCUCAAAAGAGCGCUUUACCAACAACCUGUCGGCCCGCAUGCAGCGCACCAAACACCGCGCCACCGAGCAUGCCAUCGCACGUCAAGGCCCUCGCGAAAAGGCAGAACAUGCGGAUCGGGUAUGGUUGCGGCGGGAGCUCGAUACUCACAGCACGGAACGUGAUAAACUUGAAGCUUCGUGUCUGCAGCUGGAAGAAGAAAAUUUGCGCAUGCUGGCCCGUCUGCAAGGCCCGGGGGAUCUUGAUACUCGCUUCUCAAGCUUGGAACAGUACAAGCGUCACAGCCACCACACAUAUCAGAUUGAUAUCGACGAUGAGGACGAGGAUGAGGACGAGGAUGACGCCGCUGAAGGUCAUUUUGACGACGAUGAGGGGGAUGAGGAUGAAGGCGAGGGUGAGGACGAGAACGAGGACGAGGACGAGGAGCAUAUUCAUAGCAGCAGCAGAGGACAAGAGCCAAACCAUCUGACUGGUGGCCAGCCUCUCAACCUCAGCGGGAGUUGGUCCCGCUUAUCUAGCCGCACCGCCACAGAUUCGCUCAAUAUGGAGCACCUGCACCCAAGCAUCACCAAUAGUCUCUCCAGCCUCAUUCGGCCGCAGCGCUCUUUGGGUGCUUCGGGCGACUCCGCUCAUGUCAGCCCUUCUCGGCUCACCCGAAGUCCACAAGGCUCGCGACAUGGCUCGCACGGUGCACGCGGCACACAUGUUCCCGCUAGUGGUCACCUGGACCCUCUGAAACACACGGCCACCUUGGCUGAGACCCAAAGCGGACUUGGUCAGCUUCGCUUGGACAAGCUUGGCAACCCAGUAUACGUGCGCGAGCCUGGGCCUCAUGAGCGGACCCACGAGCAAGACCCCAUUGCUCAGAUGGAAAGCCUAAAAACUUUGGGGCCAGUAGCCCUACAACGCGUGGCCUCGGCUCAGCCUGGUGCGCGGGGCAGUGCUAGUCUGCGAAGCAGUCGGAGCCCAAGCCGCAUGCCCAGUGCCUCGCCGAGUCGAGCCUUGCCUCCCUUUGGCAAUACCAUCAAGGCCCCUCUUCCCGCCAUCUCCACGCCAGGAUCGCCUCGCAGCAAGACUUUGAGCUGA